AACAUUGACAAGCUGAAAACGUAAAUUUUUCCGUGCGAUCCAAUUUGUGGCCGCGAAUAAUGUCGUCGACGAGGGUGAAAACGAGAGAAACCAAAACCGGAGAAGUGAUAGCUUACAGCGAUGCGGCGAUUAGAAACAAUGCAUCCGCCGUUGAGUAUUGCCGAACGUCGAUGGCCGCCCUCUCUGGCAGUACUGCGGGUGUUCUAGGACUUACCGGUAUUCUGGGAUUCCUGUUCUACGUCCUGGCGGUCCUGUGCCUUUGGCAAAUGCUGCUACUGAAGUCCGGCACCAACUGGCAGAAGUAUUUCAUCAGCCGGAAAAGUCUCCUCACCCAUGGGUUUCUGAGCGGGCUGUGCACCUUCUUAUUGUUUUGGACGUUUUUGUUUGGAAUGGUGCACGUGUACUGAUCGAAAAGCAACGUAAACGAGUAAAUUAUGCUUUGAAAUACAUACCAUCAUUUACCGGUA